CGGAGGAGGACGAGGACACCCAAAUGCUCGCAAGUUUCUGAUCGUUAGCGGAGGACUUGGACACGGUUAACCUGCUCCAAACCGCCUCACCAGUUCCUCCUGAAAGUGAGACCCAACCAGCUUUCACGGUGGAAACGAGAAGAAGAGCAAAGAUGAAUGCCGUGCGGGGGGGCACAGUCACCUGGCGUCCCCAGCCGUGGCAGGAUGGGGACGGGGGAGGAGGGGAGCCCCUGUCGGACAGCGACUCGGAGGAGGAGGACUUCCCCGAUGACAGCACCACCCCGCUGGGGGACUACAUCACACACGGUCUGAAGCAGCUGCUGGAUGCUCAGCAGCUGUGUGAUGUCACUCUGCUGGUCGAGGGAAAGAAGUUCAUGUGUCACAGGGUCCUCUUAGCGGCCGUGAGCCCGUACUUCCGGGCCAUGUUCACCAGCCCCCUGGUGGAGUCCCGGCUCACUGAGAUCCGACUGGAGGAGGUGACGCCGUCCGUCAUGGAGACCGUCAUCCAGUUUGUGUACACCGGCGAGGCGGGUCUGUCUCUGGACACGGCUGAGGAUCUGUUUGUGGCCGCCAACCGACUCCAAGUCAUGCCCCUUCAGGACCUGUGCUCCAGGUUUUUAUUUGAGCAUUUGUCGGUGGAAAACUGCCUGGGGAUGUACUCCCUGGCUCGCUCUCACCAUGACCAGCUCCUGCUGCGUGCCUCCCUGCGACUCGUCGCCCAGCACUUUCCACGAGUGGCCCGGCAGAAAGAUUUCCUCCUGCUUGAUCACGGCACCUUGGGCAGCCUCCUGAGCUCCGACCGUCUCGGGGUGGACUCCGAGGCGGAGGUCUACGACGCGGCGCGCCGCUGGGCAGAGCACCAGCCCUUGGACCGCUACGCCCACAUGCCGGCGCUGCUUCACCACCUGCGGCCGGGGCUGCUGUCCCAGGAAGAGAGCCGGAGGCUGAGCCAGGAGUUGGGGCCCGCUGCGGCCGGAGAGGGCCUCGGGGGGCCUCUGAGACCGCGAGAGGGGAUGUUCGAGAAAAAGAUCGUCUGUGUGGACCUGACGCCACGGGAGGACGAGAAUUUAGCCUCGAGAGACUACACGGUGGACUGCUUUGAUCCCCAGACGGGGAAGUGGAAAAAGUUAGCGGCGCUAGGUUCGCUCGUCAGCCCCGGCUGCACAGCUGUGGGCGACAGGCUGUUUGUGGCUGGUGGGAUCCUGAGGACAGGCUCUGUGUCUGCAGCUGUGCACGAGUACGACGCUGUGUUGGACCGCUGGAUAGAACGGCCUUCAAUGACGCAGCCCCGGGCUAUGCUCGGCCUCCUCGGCUGUGGUGAGUCGAUCUACGCCUUGGGUGGCAGCAAUCGCUCCGCUCUGCUGGACUCCAGUGAGACCCUGGAGCUGGCGACGCUACAGUGGGGUCCCGGGCCCCGCCUGCCGCUCCCGCUCCGCGCAUUCGCCUGCGCGUCACUGCGCGGGCGGCUUUACCUCCUGGGCGGAACCACGCUUGAACAGAACAGGGCCGUGGUCCACUCGGGCGUGCUCAUUUACCACACCCUGACGGACUGCUGGACACGUGUGGCGCUGGACUCCGGGGCCACCUGUCUUGCCGGAGGAGUGGCCGUGCGAGGGGGAGUCUGCGCGAUCGGCGGAUACAUGAGGGACACCACCAAGUUCCUGGACGGAAACUACACUAAUUUGGAGACUUUGGACGCCACCGGGCGCGUGCUGUUUUUCAGAGAGGGCCGGGGCUCAGCGGGAGAGAGGGAGGUGACCGGGGGAGGAGUAAUGGUCAGCGCGGAGCAGCGAGGGGGCGCGGGCGGAGGAAGCGACCGAGCCCCGAGCCCCGUCGUUUUCCCCGGGUUGCCACGGCGGAUAGCAGCAGGGGGCGUGGCCAGGUGGAAAAGGAGGAUUUACGUGUUGGGGGGCGAGAACGGCUCGCGGUUCUAUGACAGCGUGUACGUGUGGAAACCCGGCUGGCGCAGCUGGGUCCAGAGACGGGAAAAACUCCCCGGAGACACUGGAGGCGUGAGCCAGUUUGGGUGUACCACUCUAAAGUUCCCCAAGAAACACAUACUGUCCAGACUGAGACUAGCCAAAGAAAACUGCAAGAAGCCCAUUGACUAGCUCGACGGGGGCCGACGUGUCUGAACGUAAGGCAUGUGAGCUCCUCUCUGUGUCACAUCGAGUUAUGAAAUGAAGGAAGCACCGUGUCGUUUGCCUGUAAUGUCUGGAUCCUGUGAAAUGUACCGUGAUCUAAAGAGAGACAGGCAGAGAGAAAGCAGAGCCAGGUCCUGGCUACAAAUCCGGUCCACAUGCAUCUGAAUGUAACGUCGUCCACUAUUUGUCAGAACAGCGAAGGGCCUGUAGUGUCACUUCUUUACGCUCCUGCCAUAUUUUUAAGAUUGAUUUUAAGGAAUCAUUUUAAAACUGUGAACUUUUUUAUCAGCGUUAAGUUUAGACACAAGGAUACUGACACGUUUCUGACUAUACUUCUUUCCCACUUCAUUUGCCUCAGCCUUGUUUUUUGUCUGAUGUGACCUGCAACUAAAGGCUACACAAAGAAGGCAGUUUCCCUUCCAGCACCAGUUAAAAAUAACUUUAUUUAUAUAGCACCACAAAACAAGUUAAAAAGUCAUGAGCAAAAGAAAGAAACAAGGAAUCAUUUGAUGGUAAAUAAACGUAGGCAUAUUACAGAAUAGACCUCAGGUGGCAUGUUGGAGAUAUGAACAGAGCCUUUAAGGAAGUAAUUCAAAAUGAUCUGAAAUCAGCUGGAAAUUGAUUGACAGUCAAUGCAUUUCAGGCAACAAGGAAUAUUCAUGUGAAGUCGCCACAAAUUUGGAAAGUCAGUUUUGUCUCUGGGCUGUUGAAGUCAUGUUUGGUUAAAGAAAAAAAAAAAACAAAAAAAACUUGGGGUGCAAAUCCUGUACUGUAUAUAAAGGCCUUUGUUAACAUUUAAUUUGUAGCGUGGUAGUAGGUGGUUACGUUUCGUCACUGUCCUCAUGGAGACACCUGCAAACAAAUAGUCAGGUGAUGUGGUUUCAGGGACGAGUACGUCCUGGUGCAGCGACGUCUCUGGAGCCAAAUCACUAACGUAAAGCUUCAAAUUUGUGGCCUCCACAUUCAGACUUAAAAUCACAUGAACACACCCAGGCUGGAAAAACAACUCCACAACUUGGGAGAUUAGAUGUUGGGAGGAGCAUGCGAACACACGAUUACAUCUGUUAGACAAUUCUGUGUUUUACCUUAUAGGGGAUUUAAAGUAGGAAGAGAGAGAGAUCUAUUACUUGGAGGAAUGUCUAGUGAACGGGGCGAAUAUUGAUUUUAUUUUUUCCAGUAUUUGUUCUUGAGCACAUUUACUACCAUAAACAGGGAGAAGAGCCUCCAGCUCUGUCUUUGAAUCAUGACUCCAGGCUCUGCACUCGUCUGCCAUCACAGUGGAGAAACACUCGGUGUGUAGUGGGUUCAGCGUAUCAGAGGCUCAUCUACACAGGACGGUCUGAUCCAUUUGUCCCAAGAUACAGCCUGGUGUAAGGAGAUUAGUCAUGGCUAGUUUGAACUACUCUUAAAAAGCCUUGUUCUCACUGAAGCACGCAGUCACAUCCCUCCAACUAAACGUGGAAGACGCAGACCGAAUGUUUUCACUUGGCAGACGUCGUCCUUCCAUUCUGUGUGCGGACGCUGCAGUUGGAGUAAUGUGCAGAUGAGGCUGAAAAAGAAGAGAGAGUGUUGUGGAAUGAAAGCGGUGUUCCUCCAGGAAAAAUCAGACUCUGUGGUUUCAGUUAGACGUCACUGACGAGACACACGAUAAGCGUGUAGCGGUGCUGUGCAGACACCUGGGAGUAGAUCUUAUGCUAGGAAAGUUUUUUUUUUUUUUUUUUUUUUACUUACGCUGGUCUCGUGAAAGCAAGUAGCAGCAACAACAAAGCGAGGACGAGUGUGCUGAGAUAACAAGCAGUCUGCAGGUCUUAAAAGUCCCGUUUUAGGUUUGACAAUUUUCCAAAGUUGAACUAGUCGAAAUCGAUCCUCAGACCUUUGGAGAAGUUUACAAAAAAUGUUCGCAAAUGGUUUAAAAGCACAGUAAGUCUGACUAUAAACAGAUAAGAAAAUUAAAUUACUAAAUGAAAUAUGUUCUUAUAGAUUACUCCUCCUUUCUAGAUGCAUAAUGUAAUCAUUUACAAAUAUUUAUUCGUCCCCUGUUGUGGGAUUUCUUAUCUUAUCAUAUAAAUAGCCUAGCAAUAAAACCACCACUUCCUCUCAAGCCUUAACACGCAGAUUAAUUACUGGAUGUUCCUGAGUGAUUUGAAGCAAAUUAGAGCACAAGUCAUCAUUUUAUCAUCAGGAGCGGCUGCUUCCUUCAACUUACUUUAUUAUGAUGGAUGCAUCACAAACUAAAACGAAUCACAUGUGUACAGCAUAUACACACAGUGUGUUCGCCUGAAUCAAGGUUGAACUGUUCAUGACUUUAAUGAACUACGUUAACUUUAUUUAAUGCUCACGUCAAACUGUCUAACAUGAACAGAUCAGCGGCAGCGUUGAUGUCUUUGCACAGAUUAUUAGAUUGAGACAUGAUUUUUUUUUAAACCACUUAUUAAAUUGACAAACGUGUUUUAUCGGUUUGGUUUUAAUUCAUCAAACCGGGGUUGCUUUUGUGUCGCCUGUGACCGUCAGUACCCUUGUGUCUAGACUCUCGCUCUUAUCUCUCCACUCGGUUCCGCUCGACCAGCCGACUAAUGCAAUCCAAAAAUCUUAUCUCUCCACAUGAAAAUGUUCCCUCAUGAACAUCAUUACCCCGCCAACAGCAGAUGUGUUUGUCGUUUGAACAUCUGGAUUAAAACACCGAGGUCUUUGCCGGUCUUCAUAUCAUGUGUUACGCCGUAGAUGAUGCAUUAGGUGCUUUAAUUUAUUCUGCUCUAUGUGAGUACAACAUAAAUUCAAACUCCAGGAUUCCUUCUUCUCACCCACCUCUGGAUUGUCAAGUUUAGUUGUGAUGGUUAAUGGUGAAAAGUGUGAGUGGUGGUGUAGCAGAUACAUGGGGAGGGCUGACCUAGCAUUAGAGUAGAUGGGGGGGGGGGUCUUUGUGGUAUAAAAUCCUGGCGUGUCUGAUCAGAGGGGGGAGGAGACAGUAACAGCCUCUGUGUAUUGUUUACAGGUGUGGCCGACCAAAACGCAUUUAAAUAAAGGAAGGUAUAGGUAGCAGAUAUCGUUCUUUUAUUUAAGUACACGCAACUAAAACGUGACUUUGUUUUGCUGUGAGCUUCGGUUUGUGUUUCUUGAAGGCGUCCUGCCACGCAGCCAGCUUUGUCUCCCAUGGCGCGGCCUGAAUUUCCACCCAGGUGAGCUGGAUUUCUUUUGCCUCGGCGCGCUUACGGCCUGUGCAACAUGUGACGAGUGACGGUGUAGCAUGCAUGUUUUCUGCGCUGAGGCGUGAGUCCGCUCAGCUCAAGCUCUUUGCACACAUCCACACCGACGUGGCGCGUGCGCCCGUCCACAGACUCUAAGCUGCCCUCAUUUGUACAACCCGAUGAUAUUUUGUGAACUGAAAGGCGAAGGGACGCUUUGAUAAAAAGAAGUGCUAUGAAACGAUUAAAGGACUGUUUGCUUA